CUGAGCACGCGUGGUUCUAAAAAGAAUCGGAGGGUACCCAGCGUUUCAGACAGUAUGCUCUGUCCAUAUGCAGGAGACUGCCGAACUCACAGGAAGUCUUUCUCUGAGGUUCCCAGUAAUUUAAUAAAUUCUGUCUAUGGAUUAACCAUCGUAUGUGAGGCCAAGAAGUGUCAACGGGCACACUUCAACAUGUAAAAAUGAAAUUUCCAAGACCCAAAUUAUUUGAUGUAAAAUUGGUACAGAACAAGACUUUUUUGUGUCUAUAGAAGCAGAUGAUUGUAAUCAUAAUCACAGAAAUCAAUGCAUACACUUGGCUCAUGUCAGAGGGGCAGAUGAAGCAGAUUGUGGGCACUGAAGCCUCCUCUGCAUUAGAGGACACAGCUGUGAUGCAUUGCCGGGAUAUUCAAAUUAGAAGUGGUUUGUCAUCCAAUCAGAUUGUGGAGUCAGGCUGGCAGUGCUAAAUGGCUCAUAAAGGAAAAAAAAAGAAAAGAAAAAGAGAGGGCCUUGCCAAAUAUUAACAGUGUGGAUGGAGUUGGUUGCCAUGGUCGCAGCCAAUCAGGUUAUAGCUACCAAGGAAGCAUUUGCAUAGCUUUCUGAUGCCACAUUUCUAUUCCAAAUAUUUACAUGUACAUCAGCACAUGGUGAUUUCACAGCAUAUUAAACCAGCUUUAUGCUGAGUAUUUCUCAUUCUGCCUGGGGGUGGUAUCAAACCCUACCCUACCCUAGCGUAAUAAAUUUGCCCUCUGUGGAAAAUGUUUCCUUUGUAUAAAGUGAAGCAGCGUGCAGAAUUUACGAUUUUGUAAGAAAACUGGAGAUGUGUGUGCGUGCAGUUUACUACACCCCAUGAAUUAGAACAUGUAUUUUAGGACACGACCGUGCUUUUCCCGUGUCACUGGGCCAUCCGACGAUUAAAAGCCGUGAAUGAUCUGUUCUUAAGAUAAAAAGCACAGAGAGGAGGAGAAAAAGAGAAAGCAAAUCAGUGGUUGCUAAGCAGUUGUUUGAAGGAAUGAUGAGAAUGUGCAUUUAGGGAUUGAGGCGCGGUAAUUGACGGGUCCUUGAGGUGGACGAUUUCAGUAGCCACUCACCAGUUUGGAGGAGGAAAAAAAAAAACACGGAGUCACCUGAAUCCAGGAAAACAGUUUUCCCCAUGGACUCCCGCAUGCCGCCACGCUGGUGCGGUGGCCUCAGCGAGGAUUACUCAUCAGUGACUUGGUAGCAACGGACGACACAGAUACCGACACAAUGUCAGUAAUUACUGGCGUAUCUCCCUGCGGCACCGACGUCAUUUCUUCAGCUUAAGUUUUCCGGUCUCUCUUUUCCAUCUGGUCUCGGCGCCUAAUGCUCAACAGAACCUUGACUCAGCUCUGGGAUUAUCAGAGUUCUUCUUAAUGUGCCCUGAAGCAUUGCUACUGAGUAACAAGAGUCGGCUCUAUUCAUUUUUUCCAUGCGAAUUUUUACAAAAAAGAAUAUCAGUUUUAAUCAUAAUGUUUGUCAGCAUCCACCCACGGAGGUAUUGCCCCCUCACCAGUGUUUGUUCAACCCUGGAAUAUAUUUUGCAGCUUGUUUUCAUGAACACAGUUGGAGGAAAAAAAACUUUGAAAUUACCUGAACUGGGUCAAUUCUGGGAGUGACUUUUGGAAUUGGACAAAGGGACUGCCACGCAUUGUUAUAUAGGCCAUCGCUUAGCAAUCGGCUCUCUUCACAGUUGAUGCAUCCUUCUUUUGCAAACUAACUCGGGUGAAACAACGUCUGCCCAAAGAGAUGGGUUUCAGAAUUGGAUUAUUGCACUGUUUUGACGUGACUGCCGCUUCUUGCCUCCACUGGGACUCUAACCUAUUUUCAGACCACCCUGCAAACACCACAGCUUCAUAAAUAUAAAGUGGAAUUAGGCAACCCUUGCGCUAGACGCUUGUGUCUUUAUCGCGGGAAAAUAAGUGAAGAACUUGGCAUCCUCAUGCAACUUGAAUACGUAAACAGCAAGUUUUUGGAUCUAUAAAUUUACAGCAAUACUGAAGAGGGCACAGUAUGGAGGUUGGGUCUCAUGAAUCAGACUUGGAAAUGAUUUUUGUGUCUUCAGUCGCAAAUAGGUGAGAGAACUGACAUUCAUCUUUAAGAAAACUUGAGUAUUGGAGAAAUAUUUUCUUCCGUACUUUGCUUGAACAAAAGUGAAACUUGUCUCCUUUGGAAGGCAAAGCUAAAGCCACUGUUUUGGACUGGGAUUGAAUUUCCUCACAUAGUGUUGUGGUUAUCCAAGUUGGGAAUCUAUGGCAAGGAGAUGUCUGCACCAAACAACUCCCUUACCAGUACAGUGUUACUACCCACGAACCAAUUUUUGGUGGACGCACCUUGCGCCACUCAGAAUUCCAGCUCAGACAUCGGCAUCUUUGUGGUCUUCUUAAUCCUGGGCAUCUUGAUUGUCAUCGGCAAUGUUGUGGUGCUCGUCGUCAUCCUCAAGAAUGAAGUGCUCCUCCAGACGGGCUACUCUUACAUCAUCAGCUUGACCGUGGCCGACCUGCUAGUGGGCAUCAAUUGUGUCAUUGAGGCGGUCAUGCUGCGGGUGGCCGUGCCAGAACCCAAGUGGUGUCUGGUCCGCAUCGCCUUCCUGAUUCUGGCCUCCUUGGCCAGCAUCCUGAGCGUUUUUGGCAUCGCCUAUGACCGCUACAUCGCCAUCACCAACCCCAUGGUCUACACGCAGCGGGUGGGCCAGUUCCAGUCGCGAGUCAUCGUCACCAUCAUCUGGAUCGUGGCCCUGUUGAUUGGACUAGCCCCGCUGAUGGGUUGGAGCGACGUGUCGGUGUACGCGGGCUGCUGUCAGAUCCUGCGCACCUUCAUCGGCAGCUACAUGCUGUUUUUGACUUUUGCCUGCUACAUCCCACCACUGCUCGUCCAGCUCUACUUCUACUCCUGCAUCCUGCAGAUCUCCCGUAACCAGGCGCGCCGCAUCGCAGACCUCCAACGCAACACCUGCGUGGUGCGCAAUGUGCGCACCUCCCGGACCCACAAGGCGCUGAAGACCUUGACAGUCGUCAUUGGUUGUUUUGUCCUGACCUGGACCCCCUUUUUUGUUGCUCUGGCCAUCCACGCCAUCUGCGCCGAGUCCUGCAACCUUCACACCAUCAUCCAGGACUGCCUCGUCCCACUGGGAUUCACCAACUCCUUCCUGAACCCUUUUGUCUACGCCUUCUGGAGCCGGGAUUUUCGGGAGAGCAUGCUGGUGAUAAACUGCUGCACGGAAAGGAAUCGGGAGAGACUGGUCCGAGUCUGGACGAUCAGGAGAACCACACGGGUGACCGUGGUCUCGCAACGAGUCAGCAGUCACUCAGAGAUGAACACCAAUAGGCACAUUGUGUACCUGUGAUUACAUGGACCAGUUUGCAAAAGCAGCCACCUUGUAUGCAGAUAAACAUAUCUUACUUCAGUUCCACAGCAUUUCACAAUUAGAAAACCAUAAAUGGUCACUGAAGUCCAUUUCUGUACCAUACUUUUUCCGAGUCAUUUAAAAUCCAAUUCUAAACUGCCCUCCAGUAGGAAAUAUUUUGUAGUUUUUCAAAAUCUGCUACACAGAGCUCUACAGAAAGUGAUUUUGGCUGGGUUUUACACAAAAAAUAAAGUGUUGGAUUCUGAAUGAUAGGUUAAGCCAAUCUUUAAAAAUGAAAAGAUCCAGCUAUUGAUUUACCAUCUUAGUUGUUGCAGCAUAGAAGCUGUCAUGAUCAUGUGCCUGGAAUUUGUCCCCUCAAAAACUUGAGGGGAAACUUAAGAGGUUUUAUAUUUGAAUUAUGCUUUGAAAAAGCCGCAUCUCCUUGGUUCUCGUUCAUCGCCAAUAAAAAGGCACUGAUGACAUUUUCUUUAUUUGAUUUCCAAAAGCUUUAUACCGAUAAAUCCACAAUCCUUCAAUUAGAUCAAAACUCUCCCUCCCCCAAGUUUUUUUGCAAUUUUGUCUUGCAUCUCUAUCUCCAAAGCAAGAGUCUUGGUACAUGUACAUCUCGAAGCAGGGCUUAAUAACUAUUCACUGGGUAGGAAACGUGUCCAAAAUAUCUGUCAAACUGGUGAGGUUUAUUCGAAAAUGUUACACGUGCAAUCAACAGCCUCAAGGCACAAAAAGCUUCUGUGUCAUGAGUGCCCCCCAAAAAAUCUGACACACUAAUUGCUCACACCGUUUGACAAUUUUUCUUUAACUGUAACAUGUAAAAAUGACCUCUCUCAUCAAUGUCUGUAACGUAGUGUCAGUCUUUUUUAAAGUACAAAACGUGCAAUGUGUAAGUGCCACACAUAUUUAGAAUAUGUUUUAAGGUCUACAGUUAACUUCAUUUGACCAGUGAAAAUAUUCUUUUAUUUGAUAAAGUUAUUUAUUAAUGCAUUCUAACUGCAUUUAUGCUUCUGACGUAAAAAUUGUAUCUGAAAUGUGGCAAAGCUUUUUUUAAUACUCUUGUGAACUGAAACAACAGUUAGAAUAACUAGCUUUUAAAAAUUUUGCACCAAAAAUUGUUUAUAAAUAUGAAGGAAAGUUUGAGAGCGUCAAACACCAAUGACAGUCAAAGCUAGUAAGAACAGUUACUAUGAAAGAUUCUUAUGUGAUAUGAAAAAAGAGUAACUACAAAAAUUGUUAGUUUUUGAAAUGUUUUUUUUCACAUGUUGGUAUCCAACAAUAAAAUUUGUGUAUUCUGUCCAUUUGGGAA